CCGCCAGCGGCCCGUCCCAGCCAACGAGGGUUCUCUCGUGAUGUGCGGGUACAUGCGGUGAUGAUUCGUCAGAUUCUCCUUCAGGAUUCAGGAACGCCAGGAGAACUCCAGAAGCUCGCUAGACACGGGCCUCAAUCCUUCCCAUGGGCGCGGGUUCUUGCGCCAUUCACUGGCUGACUGAACAAUUGGUUUUGUGCUUUACCUCGGUGUGUAGCUACAUCAAUCCCUCCGACAACUGUGCUGUGCCUCACCGGCACUAUACACGACGAACAGGGUUAUCUCCAAGAUCGUCUGCGCGAUAUCUCCUGUUCCGACUCUCGUUGUCGCCAAAGUCCAGGGAGAGCACACCACAGCUAAGAAGGCAGAUGGCGACUUUCAUUCGCCUGCCCAAAGCACUUGGUAGAGUUUCCACCUACUCAUGUCUGUCGUUCGAUGUUUUUGAGUGUUCUAGAGAAAGGAGGCCCUCACUUCUUGCCCACAUUGAUCAUUACUUAUCGAGGACUUCGCCGAUCCAGCUCACUAUACCAGCUUUCCCAUGCAGGAGCGUAAGUCGGUUGCGUACAUCCAAAAAAAAAAAAGAACACAUUAAUGUAUACCCAGUUGAGUCGCAACAACAAAGUCUUAGGUCAUCUUCCUGAUUCCAGAGAAGAGCUUGCCCUUCGCCAAUUGAUGCAAUUGCCAAGGAUUUGAAGAAGAUCGACAAGCUCUGAGCUUUGACUAAGUGAUGUUCAACUUCGGAUUUGGAAUGAUCCUCAGGUACUCUUGUGCUGACAUCUUUUGAAAGGCUUCCUUAGCAGUAUCAGCGACCUAGUCUGCCGGGAUCAUGAAGCUAAGCUUCAAGCUAUCAUUCAAGGGAA